AUGUGUGAAUAUACCAAGAACUACUACAUAUACACGUCAUGCAUCGACCCUGGUGCCCACUUCUUCAGGACCUCCAUGGACGGCAACAGAAGCCGGGCCUGCUGCAACGGGCCCCACGAGCGAUACAUUGUCGUUCCUGGCCACUGCCCCCUUUGCAGCGGCUAA